AUGGUGCCCUGGGACCGGAAAGCUGUGCCACAGUGGUGGGCAGGAAGUAACAAAAAUACCAAUCCCAGUGCUCACAAUAAUGGAUGUUUAUCUAUCUGGAAUGGAGAUGAUGAUACUAGUGGUAAUUUUGGAGGAGGUGACAAUAUUAAUGGUGGUGACGAUGCUGAUGUUGCUGCUGCUCUGGUGAUCAUGAUGGCCAACAAAGAGAUAAAGAAGAAAGUCUUAUUUAUGCUUGCUGAUAUUCAUGGGAAACAGGAAGGAGACUGGCUGAAUGGGAGCAGAAGAGGAGGAAGGCUUAAUUUUAAAGCCCAGACCACUGUGAGAGAAGGGAAGUUUGAGUGGAGGGGCUCUGAGCAACUGGAAGGGAAACUAGAGGAUAGUACACCCUACAUGAAGAAGUGGAAGGCCCGGCAGACAAACCUUGUCUACAUGCCCUUUCUAAAAGGAGAUAUUGAUGAAAGGUCAGAUUCAGGCACAUUGCCUAGUCACUUUCCGCAGUCCAAGAUGUGGAACCGUGAACUUGAUGAAUUCUGGGAAGAAUCUUCUGCUGACUCUCAACUUUUCCUGGAAAAAAUGGAUCAUUCCCACCAUACCAUGCAACCUUCUCACCAUCACCCAGCCACUUCAGCCUCACACUCCCAUGGUGGAGGAGACAGCAACAUGAUGAUGAUGCCUGUGACCUUCUACUUUGGCUUUAAGAAUGUGGAACUACUGUUUUCUGGUUUGGUGAUCAAUACAGCUGGAGAAAUGGCUGGAGCUUAUGUGGCAGUGUUUUUACUAGCAAUGUUCUAUGAAGGACUCAAGAUAGCCCGAGAGAGCCUGCUGCGUAAGUCACAAGUCAGCAUUCGCUACAAUUCCAUGCCUGUCCCAGGACCAAAUGGAACCAUCCUUAUGGAGACACACAAAACUGUUGGGCAGCAGAUGCUGAGCUUUCCUCACCUCCUGCAAACAGUGCUGCACAUCAUCCAGGUGGUCAUAAGCUACUUCCUCAUGCUUAUCUUCAUGACCUACAACGGGUACCUCUGCAUUGCAGUAGCAGCAGGGGCCGGUACAGGAUACUUCCUCUUCAGCUGGAAGAAGGCAGUGGUAGUGGACAUCACAGAGCAUUGCCAUUGAUGUCAAACUCUGGUGUGGCCUUAUCGAUUGCAGUGGGAAGCUGUUCAAGACUUGAAGAUGUGAUUUCCUGCUCCAAUCAUCCCUUCUUGCUCCUCUUUGUGCACGUACACACACACACAAACACAGACACACACACACACACACACACACACACACACACACACACACACACACACCGUGCUCAACAGAGGUUUAGUUUACAGUCUCUGAGCUAAA